CUCACUGGACCACAUUUGACCAGGAGGAGCAGGGGAAGAGAAGGAGCUGCUGGAUGGUGAUGUGCUGGGAAAGAGGCUGAGUGAGUGACAACAGAAGAGAAAUGUCCACCCGGUAUGACCUGACAAGCACCCAGGGUGAGUUAUUAUAAGACAGGUGGGAACACACAGCUCAGACAGCCCUCAUCCCUCUAGGUCUGGACAGGAACAGGCCAUGGUCAACCACAGCUCCCCAGUGGACUUUCUCCUUCUGGGCUUCUCUGAACACCCAGGGCUUGAAAGAAUCCUCUUCGUGGUUGUCUUGAUCUCUUACCUCCUGACUCUGGUGGGCAACACACUCAUCAUCCUGCUGUCCGUGCUGGACCCCAGGCUCCACUACCCGAUGUACUUUUUCCUCUCCAACCUCUCCUUCCUGGACCUCAGCGUCACCACAAGCUGUGUCCCACAGAUGCUGGUCCACCUCUGGGGCCCAAGGAAGACCAUCAGCUUCCUUGGCUGCUCUGUCCAGCUCUUCAUCUUCCUGUUCCUGGGGACCACGGAGUGUGUCCUCCUGACCGUGAUGGCCUUUGACCGCUACGUGGCUGUCUGCCAGCCCCUCCACUAUGCCACCAUCAUCCACCCCCGCCUGUGCCGGCAGCUGGCAGCCGUGGCCUGGGUAAUGGGUCUGGUCCAAUCGGCAGUCCAGACACCACCGACCCUCCGCCUGCCCUUCUGCCCACAUCGGCAGAUAGAUGACUUUGUGUGUGAAGUCCCUUCUCUAAUUCAACUGUCCUGUGGAGACACCACCUACAAUGAGAUCCAGUUAGCUGUGUCCAGUGUCAUCUUCCUGGUCAUGCCACUUACCCUCAUCCUUAUCUCUUACGGUGCCGUUGCCCGGGCAGUGCUGAGGAUUAACUCUGCCAUAGCAUGGAGGAAGGCUCUGGGGACCUGCUCCUCCCAUCUCAUUGUGGUCACUCUUUUCUACAGUUUAGUCAUUGCUGUCUACCUCCAGCCCAAAAAUCCCUACGCCCAGAAGAGGGGCAAGUUCUUUGGUCUCUUCUACACAGUGGGCACUCCUUUACUUAAUCCCCUCAUAUACACCCUGAGGAACAAGGAGGUAAAGAGGGCGCUCAGGAGGUUGCUGGGGAAAGACAGGGACUCCAGGGAGAACUAAAGGUGAGCUGCUUGAUGUGCUUUCAUUGAGAGGAUAUUCUUUAUUUUUUUUUGAACAAGUUUGACCCCUCCAGUCUACAGCCUUCCCUAUACCUAUCCAAGUUACUAUGGCCGUUCACAGUAUGUCUGUGUGUGUGUGUCUGUGUGUGUGUGUCUGUGUGUGUGUAUGUUACAGGAGACAUGUGUGUUGGAAAAAGGGAAACAGAGUUUAAAAAAAAAAAAAGAGUAGAGAGAACUUCAAGGAGCUUUGGUAUGAGUGAAAUCAAGGAGAGGUCUGGGGUCUACAUGUAGGCAGGAGAAAGUGUCUUUGGAUGGCGGGCCUUCCCUGCUACCCCUCCCCGUGCACUUUUCCCAUACUUUACAAAGGGAAGAAAACAGCCCCUGAAUGCAGGGGACGGGGCCUGAAGGAAGCAUGCAGCCUGGAGGACAGGUAGACAAGAACUGUUCCCCCAGGACUGUGAGUGUUCAGGGCCCCACCAGCCUGUACUUCAGACGACACUCGCACCCAUCAGCUGAUGCCACAUGGCCUGCAGGCUCCUGCUGGGUUGCCAGGGUCUCAACAGUUGAGCAAAGCAAAGACUAAACCCCUGAGGUCUCCACUCCCAGGCAGAAUAUAUUAAUCAUGUCUUUCAUUUGUUAUAUCCUGAUGCUUUGACAUCUGGGGUUUUGUUGACUCUGGAGGGACUUGCCCCAAGACUAGCUCAUUCCUGGACCUCCCUGAUGGCACAAUGGAUAAGGAUUCACCUGCCAGUGCAGGGGACACAGGUUCAACCCCUGGUCCUGGAAGAUUCUGCAUGCCUCGGAGCAAUGGUGCCACAACUACCAAGCCCCUGCUCUAGAGCCUGAGAACCGCAACUAAUGAAGCCUGCCGGCUCUAGAAUCCUUGAGCCAAAACUAGUGAACCCCAAUGCUGCAGCUUCUGAAACCCGCAUGCCCUAGAGCCAGAAAGCCACAAUUACUGACCCUGAGUGCUGCAACUACUGAAGCCCAUGCACCUAGAGCCUGUGCUCCGCAAUAAGAGAAGCCACCUCAUGUGAAACCUAUGCACCGGAACUAGAGAGCAGCCCCCGCCACAACUGGAGAAAGCCCUGGCACAACAGCUGCGCAGUAAACGGUCACCCUGAGAGUGGCUUUUCAAAUGCAAAUCAACCAACUCAGAGCUCAGACCCCAAUCACCUCCUUCAUCACGCUCUCACACUCCAGGCCACCAUCCACCCACCCUAAUCUCGCCAGGGCCAGGUUCCAGACAACUAGAAACAGCCCCUUUGGCAGAGUCCACUGAAAUUAUACAAACUAGCUAGUUCUCAACCUCCUUCUGUCUUGUCCACUCCUUUCUGCCGAAACCAUGUGAAAGCCUCUUGCCCACAGUUCUCUGCUCCUCUCUCUUCCUGUGACCAACUUUGCUGCUUUCUAAUGUGGCCCUGCACGGCCACCUGCUCUUGAAAUCUAUGAGUAAUAAACCAUCUCUUCAGAGGCCAUCAUUUUCCAAACUGUUGGCAUACCGAUUUUCAUAUCUGUAUCUAUUAAUACACUAUACUUUAAGACACAGAGUUUUAGAGGUGUGUCAGUUACCUCUUGCUGUCACUUACAGUAAGUCCCCCUCCCCUUACAGAUUUCACAAAUAGAAAUCCUCACCUCCAAAGUCACUGAGUGUCAUGUUGGUCCUGACUGGCCAGACCCUAGUUGACAACAGAGAACCUGCCCACUGGAGCUGGGGAUUUACAGCCUGCAGCUGUUACAGGAGGAAACAUGAGUUCCUUCUGGGAAAGACUAACCCAGGGGAUUUCCUACCCAUUGAGGGCCAGAGUUCAGAGAAAUGCUGCCCUUUCAAGAGAUGUGAAAACAAACCUGGGAUCCUGGUCAUCCCUCUUUCCUCCUCCCUUCCUGUGUGAAAUUACCUCCCUCCCAGAGACAGAACAGACCUGGACUCCCUGGCUGCCUUCAUUCUUGAUCAAAAACAUUUUUUUUCCUCAGGAGUUUUCACACAUCCUUGGCUACGAAUGCAGCAUCAGAAUGGAUUCUCUUGCUCUGUGUCCUAAAAAAGCAAAACUCUCUUCAAGACAGAAUAUUCUCAGUUUAUUUAUUUUCUGCAGUUU